GUGCCCCAUCAUUGGUGUCAGUGGGAGGAAUAGUGCCCCAUCAUUGGUGUCAGUGGGAGGAAUAGUGCCCCAUCAUUGGUCUUAGUGGGAGGAAUAAUGCCCAUCAUUGGUGUCAGUGGGAGGAAUGUGCCCCAUCAUUGGUAUCAGUGGGAGGAAUAGUGCCCCAUCAUUGGUAUCAGUGGGAGGAAUAGUAAAGUCCAUCAUUGGUGUCAGUGGGAGAAUAGUGCCCCAUCAUGGUAUAAGUGGGAGGAAUAGUGCCCCAUCAUUGGUGUCAGUGGUAGGAAUAGUGCCCCAUCAUUGGACUUUGCAAGAGGAAUAGUGCCCCAUCGAUGGUAUCAGUGGGAAAAAGAGAGUCCCAUUGAUGGUGAAAGUGUUAAAGUCAUCAAUGGUGUCAUUUGGAACAAU